AUAUGUUUGACGUUUGUUUUUGACGUUUGGUUGAUCGCCCAUGGAACUCACACAUUCUCGCGGUUUAAAAUUGUGUGCCUAUGAAAGCUUCACCGUAAAAUUUUUUAUAAUAAUAAAUCAGUAAUUCUUAUGUUGUAAUGCGUGUUUGAAUAAUUUACUUGGCCGGUACAUUAUAGUGUUUGUUUAUCACAUUGAAAAUUGUAACAAAGAUUAACGGUAAUGGCUGAGGAGAUGGUGCAAAUAAAACAAGAACCGCUAGAGAUAAUCUACGCUGCGGAAAUGGACGAUAUUGAAGGUGACGCCACUAAUCAAAGCAGCAGCAGCAGAAGUAAUGAAGGUUCUUUUGAUGUUAGCGACAAAAGGGCGUAUAGCCUUAUAAAAGCUGUUAAUACGGGCAAUUUCAGUGCUAAUGUUACAAUUAAAGUUGAACCAGAUUUAUACGAAUAUACAAAUGCGGAAGCAACAGAAUUCGAUGAUGAUAUUAACCAACAGAAUUCAAUGAGUUCAGCAAGCAUGGCACAAAAUGUGCAAGUAAAGGAGGAGCCCGUAGAUGAUUACUUACAUAUUGCUGAGGAUUGCAACAUGUCUGAAAACUUACCAUACUCUGCCAAUGUUACUCCCACGGAUGAGGAUCAACUAAACCUACUAACAAACGAUUUUCAAGUAGUAGACGAACAUGAAAAUAUUAUAACUAUAACGGCAACUGAUUUAUCACCAAAUAACACAGAGUUGGCCUAUAUGCCAAAACUUAAACAGAAUGGCCCCAUGUGUAAUCGCAGAACUAAAAAGUAUAUGUGCAAAAUAUGCUUAAAACGUUGUUUUGAAGAAAUCCAUUAUAGACAACACAUGGAGCAGCAUAGAAAGAACCGUUUAUAUUGUACUAGAAAAGCAUGUGACAACUGGUUUUUUACACUAGAAGAAUGUGAGAAUCAUGAACAACUUGUACAUGAUAUAAAACAUUUAAAAUGCGACGUUUGUAAUCAUAAAUUCCAAAACUUCGAACAAAUGUGCCAACACAAAGAAACCAUGCAUAGCAAAUUGAAACGUUUUGUUUGUUCUAUGUGCCGGGACUGGUUCAUAAGUAAGAUCGAGCUGCACGAACAUUGGCAAUCAUUACCCGAUAGAUGUGGACGUAUGAUCAGCAUUCUCAAUGAAACGCCAAAGCUGACGAAAAGCAUAGAAGAAGUACUUACAACCAACACUUAUAAAUUUAAAAAUGCUACCUCUUACGCACCUGCCGGUUUGAAAUUGAGAUUGAAGCCAACAUUAUUCAAAAAUACAGAUCAGCAAUCUAACACAAAAAUGCUAGAUGAUACAGUUGAGAUUAAGACAGAACCUGUAGAUUACGAAAUGAUUCUACCUGAUUUUCCAGUCAAAGUUAAGAGAGAAUCUACAAAUAACACUGAAAUCAAUAAAAGUUCUCUAGCAUCAGAAGAACGGGUUGGACCGCCACUCAAAUUGCGCAUACGUAAGGAAUUGCUAACUCCAGCCGCAAGUGAAAGUGAAAAUGUAGUAUCUACAUCGACACAAGAAGUUAAAACAAAUCCCUUGAGUCACCUACUGGCACAACGUAUUACCUCCAAAUUCUCUCUUAAAAGUGUUCCAAAGUACUUUAAUUUAGCAAACAAGGCAGGCGAAGAAAAAAUAAAAAAACCGGCACACACAACUUCGCCUCAAUCGCUACUGAAAUCAUCGGUAGCAUUACAACAAAGAAAUACGAAUGCGACGCAAACCGCAAAAGUUUCACCGAAGAGUGAACACAUGCCAAAAAUGUUAAAAUUAUCGUCGAAUUUCAAGAUUGUAAAGAUGUUACCCAAAGAUACGCAACCGACUUUGGUUAAGUUGGGCAUUAACAAUCCCUUACAGCAGGCAACCACAAAGCGUACAUUGCCCAAAGCUAAUACGCCGCAAGUAUCAUUGCUCGCCAAAACUGAAAAGCUCAUGCCAAUGCCAGAAACGGCACUUAAUUGGCAAAAGGAUGCCACUAACAAUAGGCAAUUUGCAAUACAACAAGUUGAAGUGCCACCGUUGAAUAAAGUGGUUGCCGCCGCUAAGCUAGAAUCGGUAACUAAAACAAAUACAGAAAUAAGUUUAACAGAACUACUAAAUGAUGUGAUAGUGCAUAAAAGUGAGCAAAAUGCUGAAAUGAUAGCACAAAAUAUUGAUAUAAAAACCGAGAAUAUUAAAACUGAGUUCGAUGAGGAUAUGAUAACGCUGCAAUACGAUGAUGAUUUAUCGGCAGCCACUUUUAGCGACAGUAGCAGCAAUGCAACAUCCUUACGUAUUUACCGAGAAGAUGGAGACUUGCCGCCAAGACCACGUUCACCACACUUAACCCGCAAUCGGUGCAGAAGCAAACCUAAAGUUAAUCCUGAAGGUUAUAUUUGUCCGAAAUGUAGCCGCCGCUAUUCAACGCGAUCCAUGAUCAGAGAACAUAUGCGUAAUAGUUGUGGACGCAAUCCACAACACGAAUGCGAUGUCUGUCACAAAUUUUUCUUCUCGACCAGCACGCUGAAUUGUCAUCGCACCAUACAUACGGGCGUAUUGCCGCAUAAGUGCAACUACUGUGAUAAACGUUUUCGCACACGCGGUCAAGUUACUGUACAUCAUCGCACACAUACCGGCGAACGUCCAUUCGUUUGCGAGAUUUGCUCACAAAGUUUCACGCAUCGGGAAACGCUGAUUUCACAUUUGUCGCGCCACAUUGGCAUGAAACGUUACAAAUGUUAUGGCUGUAACAAACAAUUCUCCUGUAUCAGCGGUCUAAGUAUGCAUCGUGCCACACGUCCGGAAACUUGUGGACAAUUUGAAUUAAAUACGCGUGCGAUUGGUCCACGCGUACGUGUCAUACGUGGACGUGUCGUGUUCGAACCACAACCGGCCGACCCAGAUGAUGAUGCUGCUGAAGGUGAUGAUGACAUGAAUGCUGAUACUGUUGAUGUACCAGAGGUUUUAUCGGAAAUUCAAAACAAAUAACAAAUAGUUGUUUAUCUUUUUAAUUAAAUUGUUAUAUGAUUCGUAGUUAACGAAUUCGAUUGUGUAUAUACUAGUUAUGCUGAAAUUGUAUGGAAAUUAUGUUUUGCGAAGCCAAUAGGUUAUAUUGUUACUCGAUAUGCUAAAAUAUUGCGAUUUCUUACUAAAAACUGUAGUUAUUAAGUUUCCACAUUGUUUAUUAUAUUGUGUAACAAUUACUCACACUAUAGUAUAGCUAGUUUGUAGGUAUGUGCGUUGUUUUUAUAGAUUAACACGCACACAUGCAUAUAUUUACUUUAGAGAUAAGUGUCUUCAGAGGAUCAUAAAUAUUUUUUUGAAAUAAAUUGUUUAUAAAUUAAAAUAUUUGGUA